ACCUCAUCAUCUGCCUCAUUGUUACAUCAAAGGCUUUAUUAGUGAUCAUUGCUCACCCUCUUCUCAUAUCUAUGCUAAAAAUCAACCCAACCCUUUUCUUCUCCAACUCUCAUGGAAAACAUAGACACUUCAAAAUUUCCACACCAAUCUCAAAACCAAAACAAGAAUCUUUCCUUGAUGCCUAUUGAGAUAGACAAAUCCUAUGAGAAGAGAGUCGUGAAGGUUCCAACAGUAGGAAACAAGAGAGAGAAAAGGUUUCUUGGGGUGAGACAAAGGCCUUCAGGAAGAUGGAUUGCUGAGAUCAAGGGCUCCUCACAGAAACUAAGGCUUUGGUUAGGAACUUUUGACAAAGCAGAAGAUGCUGCCAUGGCUUAUGACUAUGCUGCAAGGCUUCUUAGAGGGAGAAAUGCCAAAACCAACUUUCCAAACCCUGGAACCAUGAACACUCAUGAGGAAGACUGCAACAUUUUGGGUAAGAAUCCUAGGGCUUACCAGCUUCUUAAGCAUGUAGUGAUGAAGAACCAUGCACUUUCCACAGUCAUGCCUUGGAAAAACCAAAUCAUGAUGAGAGACAAAUUUGACACCCUUGUUGAGGAAACUAUAGUCUGUUCCAUUCCUGAACAAGGCUCUGAUGGGUGCUGUGGAAUUUCAUUAGGAAGUUCUAAGGUUUAUUCUUCUGUUGUUGUUGCUCCUUCUUUUAGUGCUUCUCAUGAAGAAACCCCCUAAGCUAGUAGGUCUUAUUGAUAUUGUUGCUUAUGUCUCCCUUCAAACCCUAUUUUACUUCACAACAAAUAUCAAACUCUAGUUAUCUUCACUAGAUAUCUGAUAUCUGUUACAUGCAUGUUGUCACCAGAUGAUGAUGAUCUACUCCCCUAUGUGAUAUUUUUUGCUUUACUAUAAUAUGGGCAGCCAAAAACAUUUUUACUUUCAUUUCUUGAAGUAAUGGCUUCUUAUGUAUCAUAAGACUCGUUAUAUUCAUAUAUAUUUC